GUCACAAACGCGGUGAACGAUGAGCUCAUCAGCACCCUCGACUACAAGAUGCGCACCUCCAACGCCUCCUACGUCACCUCUCGCAAGGACGUGCAGUUUUUCCCGAGCUCGUUGAGCACCUUCACUUCCACCACGAGCAGGGUGGCGAGGAUCCCGCUCACUACCGGGGGCGACUUCCUGGAUCCUGAAUCCAUCAAGAUCGCGUUUAGACUCGUCAACAACGACGCCACGAACGAUUUCCACCCCCUGACCGGACACCCCGGCUGCCUGGUGAAGCGGAUUCAGCUUUUCGCGAACGGCCAGCGCACCGACGACAUCGAUCACUACGGUCGCAACGUGCACAUGUACACGCUGCUCAAGCCGCGCGAAUAUACUGGAUCAACCGCCAACGAGGGUUUCGAGAUCAACGACGUCUCUAACUUUCCUGCGGCGCUGCCUCCCAGCCACUUCCAGGAAGUGCUCGUGGCGCCGACGCUGGUGGGACUGCUGGGGUGCGGCAAGAUGCUUCCGCCGCAGCUGAACCUGGUGUUGGAGAUCGAAUUCGCCGAUCCCGCGGAAGCGGUCCGAGGCGGGCAGACGAGCUCGGUGGAUUUCGAGCUUCAAAAUGUUCGCGUGCUCGCAUCGCAGGUGACGCUGGACAGCGCCCUGGUGGAAAGCUUCAACAGGGUGCUGCUGUCCGGCUGCAGCCUGGUGUUCUCGUAUCCCACCGUCCACACGCAGACCACUUCGGUGCCUGCCGGCUUUACGGAGUUCAACGUCACCGUUUCUCGCGCCUAUACACCAAGCUUCUGGGAGCGUUCGUCACAUUUCGAACCGACACCGAUUAUUCCGGCGAACGGCACCUCGUUCUUGGAGUCUCAGAUGCAGCUGGGGCCGAUGCAGGUGCCUCAUUACCCCGCCCAAGACUUUGCGGAGCACCACCACUUCCUGCACAUUCUGGCACAGACCUACGACUCCACGAUUCGGAACAUGCGAUUGACGAAGAACAUGUACGAAAAUGAGUCUUUCGAGAGUAGUAUUACGGGGAACGUCCUUAACGAUGGCCAAACCACCGAGAUCAGCGGCAUCACCGCUGGGCAGCUGGCGACCGUUCUCACGGCGUACACGCCGCUUACUGACACCGCCGGCAACACCGCCGCCAUCGCUGCGAACGCUACUAUUUCGGCUAACAACUCCGCUUCGAUCGCAAAUCUGCAGAGUCAAAUCGAUGCGCUGCCCGCUCCCCCCGACCUCGCGCCAUACGCCCUUGCUUCAGACCUCGCCGCGGCUGAGGGCCUGAUUGCCGCAAACCAAUCCAGUUUGACCGCCUUGAACACCAGCCUGACCACUGGCUUGGCGACUAAGGCGAACCAGUCGGCGCUGGACGCCCUGCAGCUAGAG